GCACAGAGAGAAAGAGAGUGAGAGAGAGAACAAGAGCAUUAAAAAAUCUGCCAGCGGCGUCAGUGGAUUUAGUUUUGUUGUAGUAGUCUCAGUGGUGCGCGUAGUUGUGCUCCCAAAGCAACAAUAAUUAUAAUUAUUUAAACGAAAAAGGUGGAAUUAAUUAAUAUAAAACGAAUACAACAAACAGUCUGUAUUGUGACAUGCUAAAAAUGACAAAUGUGCCGAUGCCGACAAUGCUUAAGCUAGGCAGCAGCAGCAGCAGCGUCAACAACAGCGCAGCAGCAGCAACAACAAAAAAGACACAGCAUAAUGGAGUAGCAGGCGUCGCAGCUGCGUCGCUGCGCUGCGCAACAGACGACACGGACGAAUCGGAUGAGGACUCUGAGUCUGAGUUGGACAUUGAAGAGGAAGACAUUUUGCUGGAUGAUGCCGAUGAUGUUGUGUUGCAAAUUGACAGCGAGGAUGAGGCCGAAUUAGAGGCACAGCGCAUACGCUUGGACGACUUAAAGGCAGCGGCCGCAGCAAAGUCGCAGGUCAGUAACGGUAAAGAGACGACUGCGACGCAGCAGCAGCCGCUGCCCACGUCGCGAAAGCCGCGUGGGCGGCCACCCGGCAGCACAAAUAAAAACAACAACAAAAACCAGAGAAAUAAAAACAAACGCAAAAAGUCAAACAGCCCCUGCGUGAGCGCAAGCGUCGCAGUCACUACAGUAGCUGUCCCUGUCUCUGACACUGUCCCCGUCCCUGUGCCCACCCCCUCUCCCUCACCCAUUAGUGUAGCUCAAAUACACGCGGAUGAGAAGGCGCAUCGUUUUAUUUACAGCUGCGUCAGCUGCUCUCUGCUCUACGGGGAUGCAACAUCGCUCUCCCAACAUUGGCAAAAAGAGCAUCACUUGCAGGUGGAAAGAGAGAACAAACGGAUUAAAGACAAAGCGCCAUCUGGAGAGCAAGUGAAGCUUGAGCCGCCGUUAGAACUGAGCGAUGCCAUCAAACUGAGUGACUUGAAAUGCUGCGCUCAGCUGCUGCUGACGCUGGCAGAGGACGAAGCUGUCGAGCAGCAGCUGCGCUGCUCUGCCUGCAAUGAAUGCUUCGAGCAGAGCAAGGAACUGCAACUGCACUUGAGUGUGGAACAUGAUAUAUUUAAGCUGCUGGUGCCCAAAAGAGAACCCAGCGAACCCAUGGUUAGCAUACCCUGUGAUCUGGGUGCGAACAAGUCCAAUACGAUGCGGGAGCAGGUGGAGCUGCCGGAGACGCCGCCGCCAGAGAAGGAAAGCGCCGACAAAGAUGAUCUCGCAAUGAUAAGCGCCAUGGUGGCGGAAAUUGCCGCGGAGCGUAAUCCCAAGGUCAACAAGAUGAUCAUUAAGCUGCCGGUGGGCAAAAGGGGAGGACGCAAACGCAAAAAGGAAGAAAAGGAGGAGAAGGAGCAACAGGAUGAAAUCCAAUCCGAAGUCAGCAGUGGCAAAAGAAAACGAACGCGAAAGGUGCAAAAGGUGGCACAAACUGAGGAUGCGAAGAAAGAGGAUGCAAAGAAAGAAGACAAUCUGAAGGGGAAGGAGAAGGAAAAGGAAGAAGAAAACCAGAUAGAAAAGAUAGAAGAAAAGCAGCAGGAAAAAGAAAAGGCAACUGAAGAAAAGCAGCAGGAGAAGGAAGAAGAGAAGCCUGAGAUCAAAGAAGAAUUGGAACCACGACGCGCACGCAAAGCACGCAGCUUUGUGGAUUAUGUGGUCGAUGUCAAAGAUGAGGAAGACGACGACGAAGAGGAGGAGGAAGACAAAGACACAGACUCGGACGUGGAGACGCCACAAAACAGUUCCACAGAUGACAGUCAUGCAGCUGCCUCCAUUAAGCGCGAAUCCUCUGAAGAAUCACAGCGCCACCCAAACGGAACCAUACACACCUGCAACUUUUGCAGCAAAACCUUUCAACGCUUCUCCCGGCUGCAGGAUCAUUUGCGUUUGCAUACUGGCGAGAAGCCGCAUGUUUGUGGCCAAUGUGGACGCGCGUUUCGCCUGAAGAUGCGUCUGGCCGAGCAUCAGUUGCGCCAUCGCACCGAGAAGGCAUACAAAUGUGAGCUCUGUGGCUUGCCAUUGGCCACCAAGCAGGAUAUGUCGCUGCACAUGCGUCAUCACAAGAACGAUCGACGCUACAAGUGCGAGAGAUGUGGCAAGGGAUUUGUGCGUAGCUCCGAUCUGGCCAUACAUGUGCGUGUCCACACGGGAGAGAAGCCCUACAGCUGCGAUCUGUGCGGCAAGGCGUUCCGUGCCCGCCAGAAUCUCGUCGUGCAUCGACGCACCCAUCUUGGCGACAAGCCCAUCCAAUGCGAGCUCUGCGACAAGCGAUUCUCCCGCAAGAUCGACAUGCGUGUCCAUAUGCGUCGGCACACAGGCGAGAAACCCUUCAGCUGCAGCUCUUGCCAGCGUGGAUAUUCCUCGCGCGUCAAUUUGCAGCGUCAUCAGGAGCGGGAACACGGCGGCAAAACAUCCUCCAACGAGUCGCUGCCGAAGCAGAAGCAGCCAGUGGCUGAUGACUCCAAAUCAACGAAGCCUGUGACGCGUCGUCCGCGUCGUGAGAAGUUACAGGAGAAGAUUGCCGCACAGGAGAAGCUACUGGAUGAACUGAAGCGCAGUCUCAGCACACUACCCGACAUUGCCGAAGAAUCCGCAGACUCUCCAGGGUCUGAAAACAAACUCAACACGAGCGAGCUGGCUGCAGAUGCUGGUGCUGGCAUUGCAGCAGGCUGUGCACAGGUUUCUGUGACUGUGUCCAUGCAAGUGGAGCCGGCCAAAGCAGAUGACGAUGAUGAUGAGGAGAUCACGCCGGAGAAGGAGAAUGCGCUGUCCAGCGGCUCAGCAACGGACGCCGUUUCCAGCAGUGGCAAGACGAAGACUAAUCGCAAGAUAACGAGCUACUUUACAGUCGUUGGUCAACAGGCGGAAAUCUAAAGACUUAUCCAGACCUAUUCAAUUCAAAUCAAUUCAAUCCAAUCCACAAUUCUUACUCAUUAGCUUAAGAAGCCACUGUACUUGAAACUCUGUAGCUUAGGGUUAACCUCGCAGACCAGGAGACGAUUUCAUUUUCUAUAUAAGAUUUUCAAUUUUUGCAGGGAUUAAGUAUUCUCUCUAUACAUAUAGAUAUAUAGAUAUACAGAUUGUAUUUAUAUAUAUAUCUAUCUAUAAAGAUAAAUAUGAAGGAACGAGGAUAAGGAUCAAUAACAUUUUUUUUUUUGCAUUUAAUUAAAUUUAAUGAACAGAAAAGACUACGUUUUAAAAGCAUUAUUCAUACGAAAAACCGAAAAGAAAAACAAAAGAAUGGAUAAGAAACAUGAAAAAACAUAAAAGAGACUGCAAAGAGUUUAUAAAUAUAUAUAUAUUGAGAAAAAGUCAAUUUAUAAAUGAAAUAUUGUGAAUAUCAUUAAGUUCAAUUUGAAUUUUAAAUUUUUUGAGAAUGUUAUAGAUCUGGCAACUUGAACUGUUGAGGAUUCCUAAAGAAUCCUUGAUUGUUUAACUUGAACACAACUGUACCUCUCUCAAAAUAAAAACAAGAACAACAAGAAUUGUAAUUGAUAUAAACAUUUAAAGAUAUAUUAAAUUGCCAGUCAUGAAAUAUGCAAUUUAAUGCUAUGUGUAAACCUGAUCAACAUUACGCAUACUCAAAUUCCAAAUUAUAUUUAAUUAUACAUAAUUAUUAUUAAGAACUCACACAACGCAGCUAAUUACAUACACAUACCAACAUACACGCACACACAUACAUACAUAUACACUUUUUUAUUUAUUUAAAGUGUGAGUUCUAUUCUCAUAAUUAUUUCUCGAAUCUUAAGCUAAGCGAAAAGACAAAAGCAACAACAAUACUACGCAGCAAACUUUGCCGAACAAAAUAAGCGUAUAACUUUUUAUAAUUUAAGUCGAACGCGCAUUUAUACUUAUAAACAUAAUUUAGCAUUUACAAAAGUCAAAGUCCAAUGAAAAUACAUUUAUUAUAAUUUAAAUUA